AUGGCUACCACACGCGCUUCGAAGCGUAGGCGCACGAACCUGAACGAACUUAAAGGAGAAGAAGAAGAAGAUAAAAAGCAAGAAGAAAUAAUUGAAACUUGUAAUCGAAAAACAAUUGAGAAGUUAUCGACGGAGGAGAAUAAAGGGAAAUCACCUUUGGUUGUCUUUGCUCAUGGCGCUGGUGCUCCUUCAUCCUCUGAUUGGAUGGUUAGAUGGAAAGGCAUGUUGGCCAAGGCAUUGAAUGCUGUCGAAGUAGUAACUUUUGACUACCCUUAUAUUGCUGGAGGAAAACGGAAGGCUCCUCCCAAGGCGGAAAAAUUGGUUGAGUUUCACUCCGACAUUGUCAGAAAGUCCAUGGCUAAGUACCCUGGCCAUCCACUGAUCUUGGCUGGGAAGUCCAUGGGAUCGAGGGUCAGCUGCAUGGUAGCAGGUGGAGAAAAUAUAGCUGCUGCAGCUGUUAUUUGUAUGGGAUACCCACUAAAGGGCAUAAAUGGUGCAGUUCGCGAUGAAACGCUGUUGCAACUUACAGUCCCUGUUAUCUUUGUGCAGGGUAGCAAAGACGGUCUCUGUCCACUAGAAUUGUUGGAAGUUGUAAGGAGGAAAAUGAAUUCUGUUACUGCUUUGCACGUGAUUGAAGGUGGUGAUCACUCGUUCAAGAUUGCAAAGAAGCACCUACAUUCUAUAGGAUCGAACCAAGAGGCAGCAGAAGAUCAAGCCGUUCAGGCCAUUGCAGCUUUCAUCUCUACUAAUCUAGGAGAAAGGUGA